UUUGUCCCCAUGAGCUUAUUCUGAACCAAACUAAAAAAAUCAGAAAUUUGAAAAUAAGACCCCAAAAAAAAAAGUCAGAUAUUGAUGCUUCGCUUAAAAUAGGAUUUAGUUGUUUCGUUCCAACGCAUCAAUCAAUUCAAUCUUUCUUCACUUUGAGUCGUUGUGCCUGAAAACCCCCUUCUUCCCCUAAUUUCCGAAUUCGGCAAUUUUUCUUUCAUCUCCCAAAUUCUUACGCUUCGAGCUGCCUAGACUUUUCAAUCUUCAUAAAGAAACGUUUGUUGGGUUCCUUGGAUUUGAUGGAUACCAAUAAUUGGAGGCCUCCUCAAGUUGGAGAGGCCCCCAUGGAUGCAGGCGAUUGGAGGAGUCAACUGCAGCCAGAUUCAAGGCAAAGAAUUGUAAACAAGAUAAUGGAUACAUUGAAGAGGCAUCUCCCUUUCUCUGGUCAUGAGGGAUUACAGGAGCUCAAGAAAAUUGCUGUAAGGUUUGAGGAAAAGAUUUAUACUGCUGCCACAAGCCAGUCAGAUUACCUACGGAAGAUUAGUCUGAAGAUGCUAACAAUGGAGACCAAGUCUCAGAACACAAUGGCCAAUUCUUUACAAUCCAACUCUGCUGGUAAUAGCAACAGGCCCCCUGAUCCAGGGUCUUUUGGUAUGCAACCCCAAGUCCCCAAUCAAGGGCAAUCACUCUCUAUGCCGUUGUCAGCUAAUCAAUCUCAGGCACGUCAACAACUCUUAUCACAGAACAUUCAGAAUAACAUUCCAGCUGCUGGAGUUCAAAGUUCUGCUGGCUUAUCAUCUGCUCUACCUCCUUCGUCCGGUUUAACCCAGACUCCUAUUCCAAGUAUUGUUGGGCAAAAUCAAAACAUGCAGAAUAUGUCUGGAACUUCACAGAAUUCAUUAGGGAACUCCAUGGGCCAGGGGGUACCCUCCAAUAUGUUUGCUACUUCUCAAAGGCAAUUGCCAGGAAGGCAACAGGUAGUUCCACAACAGCAGCAGCAGCAGCAGCAAUCCCAGAAUUCCCAGCAGUAUAUGUACCAUCAACAGUUGCAACAUCAGCUUUUGAAGCCCAAAUAUCAGCAGGGAAAUAUCCCACAACUUGUCCAACAGCAGCAACAGCAGCAACAGCAGCAACAGCAGCCGAACCUAUUACAACCAACUCAGUUGCAGUCUUCUCAGCAACCUGUUAUGCAAACAUCAUCUGUUAUUCAACCUUCUGUGGUGCAAUCAUCUCUCUCUAGUCUUCAGCAGAAUCAACAAUCUGCAAUUCAACAGUCAACACCAUCUAUGCUUCAGCAGCAUCCACAGUCUGUUCUCAGACAGCCUCAACAACAACAGGCCUCUGUUGUUCACCAACAGCAAACAUCAAUGCCACAACAGCCAAUAUUACCCCCACAGCAGCAGCAACAGCAGCAGCUUAUGGUGCAACAGCCAAAUGCUACGAACUUGUCGCAGAAUCAGCUAAUCGGACAACAAAACAAUGUUGGAGAUAUGCAGCAGCAACAGCAACAGCAACAACAGAGGUUACUGAGCCAGCAGAAUAACAUUUUAAACCUUCAACAACAGCAGCAACAGCAGCAGCAGCAGCAGCAGCAGCAACAACAGCAGCAGCAGUUAAUGGCUCAGCAAAGCAACCUUUCAAAUAUGCAUCAGCCACAGUUGGGCCCUCAGAGUAAUGUUACUGGGUUACAGCAACAGCAGCACCUUGGAACUCAAAGUGGUAACUCAAGCAUGCAAACUAAUCAGCACUCUGUACACUUGUUGCAACAAACCAAGGUUCAAGGGCAGCAACAACAACAACAUCAGAGUUCAUCUAACUUGUUACCCACUCAAGGACAGCAGUCACAACCUCAGGCAUCACAGCAACAAUUGUUGUCACAGAUUCAGUCACAGCCUACACAGAUGCAGCAAUUGGGUUUGCAACAGCAGUCAAAUCCACUGCAACGAGAUAUGCAGCAAAGACUUCAAGCAUCAGGUCAGGUUCCUGGAACCAUGCUUCAACCGCAAAACGUAAUGGAUCAGCAAAAGCAGUUAUAUCAAUCUCAAAGACCCCUUCCUGAGACAUCAUCGACAUCUCUAGAUUCCACUGCCCAGACUGGACAUGCAACUGGGGGUGAUUGGCAAGAGGAGGUCUUUCAAAAAAUCAAAGGCAUGAAGGAGAUGUACUUACCCGAACUAAGUGAAAUGUAUCAGAAAAUUGCUACUAAACUUCAGCAGCUUGAUUCUCUUCCACAACAACCAAAAUCAGAGCAGCUUGAAAAACUGAAAAUGUUCAGGACCAUUUUAGAGCGCCUCAUAUCAGUCUUACAGAUUUCCAAAAGUAGCAUUUCACCUGGUUUGAAGGACAAGUUGCUUUUAUACGAAAAGCAGAUAGUAAAUUUUAUUAAUACAAAUAGACCUAGGAAGCCAGUUUCUUCUCUGCAGCAAGGGCAGCUCCCCCCACCCCAUAUGCACUCCAUGCAGCAGUCACAAUCUCAAAUUACUCAAGUGCAAUCUCAUGAAAAUCAAAUGAACCCACAGUUGCAAUCAAUGAACUUGCAAGGUUCUGUGGCCACAAUGCAGCAGAGCAAUAUGACGAGCUUGCAGCAAAGUUCUAUGUCGGCUUUAUCUGGGGUUUCAACAGCACAGCAGAACAUGAUGAAUUCAUUGCCACCUAGUUCCAACAUGGAUUCAGGACAAGGAAAUGCACUGAACUCAUUGCAGCAGGUUCCUGUGGGAAGUAACCAACAAACUCCUGUCAGUGCUCCCCAACAAGCAAAUUUGAAUGCCUUGUCAUCACAGAGUGGGGUUAAUAUGCUACAGGCGAACAUGAAUUCCAUUCAGCCAAAUUCUGGUAUGCUUCAACACCAGCAUUUGAAACAACAGCAGGAACAUCAAAUGUUUCAGAAUCAACUCAAGCAACAAUUUCAACAACGACAGAUGCAGCAGCAAUUGAUGCAGAAGCAGCAGUUACUGCAACAUCAACAGCAGCAGCAGCAGCAGCAGCAGCAGCAGCAGUUACAACUGCAAGCAAAGCAGCAGCUUCCAGCACAGUUGCAGGCGCACCAACAGCAAAUGCCACAGCUUCAUCAAAUGAAUGAUGUAAAUGACUUGAAGAUGAGACAGGGGAUGGGUGUAAAGCCAGGGGUUUUUCAGCAACAUCUCUCUGCAGGCCAGCGUGCUUAUCCUCAUCCGCAGUUGAAAUCAGGAUCUCCAUUUCCUACAAACCAACUCCUUCAGGCUGCAUCUCCACAAAUUUCGCAGCAUUCUUCUCCCCAAGUUGACCAGCAAAAUUUACUGACUCACCCAAAAGCCGGAACCCCAUUGCAAACUGCUAGUUCACCUUUUGUCAUCCCGUCUCCAUCAACUCCCAUGGCCCCGUCCCCUAUGCCAGGGGAUUCUGAGAAACCUUCCUCACUCUCAAAUGCUGGGAAUGUCGGACAUCAACAAACAACUGGUGUCGGAGCACAGGUCCAGUCCCUUGCCAUUGGCACCCCUGGGAUAUCAGCCUCUCCUUUGCUUGCUGAAUUUAGCGUACCAGAUACUCAUGUUAAUGCUUUGUCAACUAUUUCUGGCAAGUCGAGUGUUACAGAGCAGCCUCUUGAACGCUUAAUUAAAGCGGUGAAAUCGAUGUCACCAAAUGCAUUAAGUGCCUCUGUCAGUGACAUUGGCUCCGUAGUCAGUAUGAUUGAUAGGAUAGCAGGGUCAGCACCAGGUAAUGGAUCUAGAGCUGCAGUUGGUGAGGAUUUGGUUGCCAUGACAAAGUGUCGUCUGCAAGCAAGAAAUGUUAUGACGCAUGAUGGAACAAAUGGAACUAGGAAAAUGAGGCGCUACACUAGUGCCGUGCCCUUAAAUGUUGUGUCAUCAGCUGGCAGCAUGAAUGAUAGUUUUAAGCAGUUGACCAGUUCAGAGACAUCUGAUCUGGAGUCAACUGCAACAUCUCGUAUCAAGAGGCCAAGGAUUGAGGCUAAUCAUGCUCUUUUGGAAGAAAUAAGAGAAAUAAAUCGGCGGCUUAUCGACACAGUUGUUGAUAUCAGCGAUGAGGAUGUUGAUCCUAGUGCAGCCGCUGCUGAAGGGGGUGAGGGAACCAUUGUCAAGUGCUCGUUUGAUGCUGUGGCUCUCAGUCCAAACUUGAAAUCGCAGUACGCGUCAGCACAAAUGUCACCGAUUCAGCCAUUAAGACUGCUUGUUCCCAUGAAUUAUCCCAACUGCUCCCCAAUACUCUUGGACAAGUUUCCAGUUGAAGUCAGUAAGGAGUAUGAAGAUCUUUCUGUAAAGGCAAAGUCAAAGUUUAGCAUCUCUCUACGAAGCAUUUCACAACCCAUGUCCCUUGGGGAGAUAGCAAGGACUUGGGAUGUUUGUGCACGUGCAGUUAUUUCCGAGCAUGCGCAGCAGAGUGGUGGAGGUAGUUUUAGCUCAAAGUAUGGGACAUGGGAGAACUGCUUGAGUGCUGCUUGAUAAUCUUUCUUCAGACCUGAAAAAAGCUAUUCCAAGGGUUGUUAUGAUAACCGUGAUGCAUAAUUUAUCUACUGCUGUUUUGCUGCAAUGAUGAAGCAGUUUUUGGAUAGUCUAUAGGUAAGGCAUGUAUAGGAGGAACUUGUGAUGUUUUGUAUAUGGCCAGAUUUUCCGAAGUGAAUAAUGUUGGGGUUGUUCUUGUUGGAUUCAUCCUAGGUAACAUACGUGUGUUGUAGUGUGGAUACUGUAAAUCAUCUGCGAUCUGUCUGUAUGUUUCGUUGGGUUGAAAAUGCCCCAUUAUAUGCAGUAGGCUGCUGUCUGUUUGUGACAAA